AUGGCAGGCCAAUCGAAAUCGUCUAUCAAGGUCUUGGCAGUUUUGGACAAGACUAGAGAUGGAAAUGGCUUCAUUAUCCGCGCCAUUCGCAAUGGUCAAGUUCUUUACAUUCUGGUGCCUGCAGACAUUUUCCCGUCCGGGUGGGACAAGGCGAGUACAAGCCCUGAACCUGAUCUUUCCAUAAUUCCAGAGUCUGAUAAUUGCAAGGUUUGGACCUUGUCGGCUUCAUCAGGAAUAGGCUGCAGACGAGUGAUUCAAGCUCGCGGUAAUGGCAUACCGAAGAAGCCUUUGGAAGGUGUGACGGGCAUCGAUGAUAUCCGUGGUUCACCAAAUUUAAUGACAGCCGAGUAUUCAGAGUUCACCCCCGUCAAGACUUGGCCAGCCAGUGGUGGCCGACGCACUGACAGAGUACAAGCUGCGAAGCACCCAAAAUUGAAAGAUUCCGUGGUCAUCAAGAUUGUGGAGAUUCCCGACCAUCUGCCCAUAGGUGAGAAUGAUCAAAUUCCUCUCGGCACAGGAGAAGCAGAGAUGAGGACAGAGAUUACUAACCACUACAAGAUGUCAAGCUUGGGACUCGCGCCCAAGUUUAUUGGUCUAGUCACCGAACAAGGUCGUGGUGUCAUUGGCUACAUCAUGGAGAAUAUCAGAGAUUGCCAAUCCUACGAGGAGAUCAAGGCAAAGGCCAAAGGUAAGCUCCCACCAGCCGAGAUCAAGAAUGUGCUUGCGGUUGUGGACCAGAUGCAUCGUCUGGGUAUUUAUCAUGGCGACCUGCAUCUCGGCAACCUUUUGAAACGUGCAGAUGGUUCGAUUACAAUUAUUGACUUUCAGCAUGCCCAACCAUUGGGACCCAACGGUCACGUUGAAGGUAAGCCGAUUCUCUCAGCUGAGAAUGAACGCGAGGAGCUUGAGGAAGAGUUGGACGAGAUUGGUGUCCGGCGGUGA